GGGCACAGGUGGGUGGCACUGGUGGGCACAGGUGGGUGGCACUACUGGGCACAAGGUGGGCGCACUGCUGGGCACAGGUGGGUGCAUUGCUGGGCACAGGUGGGUGCACUGCUGGGCACAGGUGGGCGCACUGCUGGGCACAGGUGGGCGCACUGCUGGGCACAGGUGGGCAGAAUUUGUGUGUGGCACCACUGGGCACCGAUCAUCAGAGCACUGAUGAUCAGUGACCCUGAUGAUCGGUGCCGAUCCCAGCUCUGACAACUGCCGGUUUUCGGCAGUACUUUCCUCACGAUCUGACAGCAUGAGGAAAGUGCAGCCGAGAACCGGCAUUUGCAU